AUGAGCAGCAGUACGUUUUGGCACAACCGGCUGAAGUUGUCUGGUGAGCUGGCCAAGCUUGAGGACCCUGGGGCGCGCGUGGUGCCACUGACGCGUGCAGCUGGGUUUGUGAAUGACGUGGCGUGGUACAUGCUCACCGUCGCCCUCGUCAGUGGCAAGGACGUGGUACAGCUGCUGCUGGGUGCAGCCGACGACAACAACCAGCGCAUGAUCCUGGCCCAUCUGCUUCGACAUGCGCCACUUCCUGCUCUGCUCGCCCUCGGCAUCAGCAUUGUGGCCGGGUGGACGUCGUUCCGGUUGCUGCUGCACAACGACAACACGUUUGGUGGUGCUGGCUGCUGCGCGUCCUGCAUAUCAAUGGUGCUGAACCUGCUGAUUGCGCUCACGUCGGACUGCGCAGACAUUGAGUUGCAGCUGCGGCGUGACUGA